AUGGAAUUGCUUUUCCUUGUUCUGCUCUCUCUGCACAUUGCCAAGACAGCAACAGAAGGUGACAAAGAAUGGUGCUACCUAUCACAAAAAUGGACUCAGUCCGAAUGUGCAGAGCCCCGUGUCUGGGAUACAGUGAAUGAGGAGUGUGGAAAAAAGGAACAGUCACCUAUCAAUAUUGUCACCAACAAAGUGAAGUACAAAGAGGACCUGAAACCAUUUACUUUUGAAGGCUAUAAUACCAAUCAGUCCUCCCCUUGGCGCAUAGAAAAUAAUGGGCAUACGGUUAAAGUAUCUCUUAGCGGGUCAGCAAAGAUUGGAGGUGGAGGUCUUCGAAAUAAAUACAAUGCGAUCGAGUUUCACUUCCACUGGGGCACAAGCAAAGGAUUCAGCCCUGGAUCGGAACACAGCAUAGAUGGAGAGAGAUACGCUAUGGAGCUUCAUAUAGUCCACAGGAAAGAGGGUUUCUCCACUACGGAGCAGGCAGUGACUGAUAAAGAAGGUCUGGCCGUGCUGGGGUUCUUUAUAAAGACCGGUGCAAAAAAUGAAAACUAUGAACCUCUAAUAGAGAUGUUAAAUGAAGUUGCUGUCAAAGGGUCUCAAAAAAAUAUGACAUCUUUGCCCCUGGAAUCGCUCAUUCCAGCUAAAGAGAAUCUCUCACAUUAUUAUCGGUACAAUGGCUCACUGACCACGCCCAACUGCAACCAGGCUGUCGUCUGGACAAUAUUUCAGGAGCCAAUCAUACUGAAGGAAAGUCAGGUUGAGAAGUUCUUGGAGACGCUUUACUUCACUAAGGAUAAAACAUUACUCAUGACCGACAAUUUCCGACCUGUUCAACCUCUCAGUGACAGAAUCGUGUACCGCUCUGAUGUCAGUGUCGUCCAGCCUCCUGCAAAGGCUUUAUUGGUGGUCCCAACACUUAUCUACGUCAUGAGUCUUCUUUUCCAAUGA